AUGAACUCCAUUCAAUUUGUGCAGGCGAUCGGGGCCUGCGCUUGUUCUGACUCCUGGCGUUCGAUGUGUUCGAGGGAUCAGGCUAUUGCUUUUUCGUUCUCGAAUUUGGAUGUCAAGGCUGCGUGCCUAUCCUCUUCUAUACGCCUGCCCAAGGCUAGGAGUUCUCGCCCCUCACCAAUUUGUAAUACGAUUGCGCCUUGUCGUGAACCGCUUCGAACUGAAGAAUCGACCUCUGCAGUGCCAGCGGCUGCAAUGAAGCUUUCUUUUCUACUUGUCUGCGAUGCGUUCAACUCUAUGACGCAACGGACUUUCCUCAAACUACAAGAGAAUGGCCAUCAAGUCAUCGUGCAUGAAUGGAAGGAUGGUGAUACGAUGAUUGCCACUGUUGAUUGUUUCGAGCCCGACGUCAUUCUCUGUCCUUUUCUUACAAAACGUAUUCCUGAAGCCAUUUAUAAUGGUACCGUUCCCUGUCUUGUAAUUCACCCUGGAAUAGAAGGCGAUCGGGGCAUGUCGUCAAUUGACUGGGCGCUUCAAGAGUCGCAGGAAGAGUGGGGUGUGACGAUCCUGCAAGCUGAAGAGGAGAUGGAUGCUGGACCGAUUUGGGCAACCAAAAAUUUUAGAAUCAGUCGAGAUUUUGGAGAAUCACCAACAAAGUCGAGCCUCUACCGAAUUGACUGCGUCGACGCCGCUAUGAAGUGUCUCGACGAAGUUCUUCAUAAUCUCAAGUACGACAUCGCGCCUAGACCCUUGGAUUACACGAACCCUUGUGUUAGAGGGUCGUUGCGGCCAAGAAUGAUGCAGGCAGAUCGCAGACUGGAUUGGAAUCUUCCUGCCGACGAGCUCGCUGAGAUCAUCCGCGCCUCGGACUCUCAGCCUGGAACGCAGUCCGUUAUUGCUGGCGAGAAGUAUUUGCUCUUUGGUGCCCAUGUCGAAAGGAAUCCGCCGAAGUUGCAUCCUGGAUCGGCCCCGAUGGACUUACUCGGACAGCGAGACGGCGCUGUUUUGAUUCGUUGCGGCGAGGGGACAACGCUGUGGAUCACCCACUUGAAAAAAACUGUAAAGUCGAUCAAACUACCAGCUGUGAUGGUGCUGCCAACCUCACUACUGGAAACUCUUCCACGUAUCGGCGACCCUGAGAUGGAGAUUCCAAUGAGAUCUUGGCCACAAACUUUUCAGGAGAUUUUCUACUGGACCCAGAACGGUGUCACUUACUUGUGGUUCGAUUUCUACAACGGCGCAAUGAAUACGGACCAAUGCCGCCGUUUGGCACAAGCGCUGGACCACAUCGACCAGGUUUGCGAUAGCCAGGUCCUUGUCUUGAUGGGAGGAAUAAAUUAUUUCAGUAAUGGGAUUCACUUGAACACAAUCGAAGCUGCAACCGAUUCCGCCCAGGAGACUUGGGAGAACAUCAACGCGAUAGAUGAUGUCGUGCUUCGAAUCCUUAACUGCAACAAGCGAGUCACUGUCUCAGCAUUUCUAGGAAGUGCUGGAGCGGGUGGCGUCAUGGCCGCAAUUGCGGCGGAUAUCGUAUGGGCGCACGGAAAUGUGGUGCUCCACCCAAGCUACAAGGCCAUGGAAUUGUAUGGGUCCGAGUAUUGGACGUACUCCCUACCUAAACGGGUAGGUUUCAAAAUCGCAGGUCAGUUCGUGAAUUCCACCGACCCAGUGUCAGCAUCGCAGGCCAAGAAAGUGGGUUUAAUCGACGAUAUAUUGUCAGCUUCCAGCGUUGGCUUUGUGGAGAGUGUGAUUGAGCGCGCUGAGAAGCUUGCUCGAGGGCGCCAAUGCGAUUUGAAAAUUGCAGAGAAGAAGAAACAGCUCCCACUUCUUCAAGGCCAACUCCAGCAGCAUCGACAUGAUGAGCUUGUUCAGAUGAAAAAAUGCUUCGCGUCAGACGAUUAUAACCGGAAGCGACAAGAAUUCGUUUUAAAAAUGGCCGGAACCAUGCCAUGCCAGGUGGAUCUUAUGCCUGUUAAGGCUCAAGGCGCGAUGUUGAAGAGGACCGAUGUUCUAAUCAGCAGGUAA